ACAAGGUAGAAACUUUGAAAGAUAAUCCACAGGCAGUGGUUGAAAUCUGUCCCUUCCUUUCUUUCUAUUAUUGGGUCGAUUAAAUUCUAGCCUUGAAAAAAAAAUAAUAAUUUACAUUUGAUUUGGCAGACUAGGAAAAAGAAAAAAAAAAGUAGGAAGGAAUAAAAAAAAACAAGAGAUUCUUGAUCUUGCAAGAAAUGGUUAAUGAAGUGUUGGGUUUUGUCUGUUUUUGAUCAUUGGUUUCCAGUUUUGGGCCAAGGGGAUCAAAUUGAUAUAAUAAUAAUACUACCACAUCAAGAUGUUAAGAUUAUUUUAUAUAUUUCAUUGCUUAUGUUUGUUUUAGAUCUGAGCUGAGGGCCUGUUGUCUCCGACACAAACUCCUCCUUAAUAAAGACAAACAUAAGAAGAAGAUUUGCAGCUCAAAACAGAUAUCUGACACCCCCUCCAAACACUCAGGGGUGUUAGAAUCUGGUCAGGAGAUUCUUCUCAUCCCAUAUUUUUGUUUUCGAUGAAUACUAAAAUGUAACUGAAUUAUUGGGGUUUCCCUACUUUUCUCAAAGAAUCCAAGUGACCAAAAGGGUGUGGUCUAGAGCUAGUAAUAUGGAUGAUUUUCCCAAGGUUUUGUGUGGGUGGAGCUGGGAGGAGAACAAGUUAUUUGAGCUGGCUUUGGCAGUGGUUGAUGAACAGGCCCCAGAUCGGUGGGAAGUCGUUGCAACCAUGGUUGGAGGCAAGAAGAGUGCAGAAGAUGUGCAGAAACAUUAUGUGAUCCUUUUGGAGGAUUUGCAGGUUAUAGAGUCUGGUAAGCUUGACCAUAAACUGGGGGAAGCUCAGCCUUGUGUUCAGGUUGAUUGCACACAAUCCAUAUGCUGGACUGAUGAAGAUAACAACUUGCUUGUUCGAUUGGACAUAAGCUAAUCUCUGGAACCAAUGGGGCUAUCAACUGAAGCAGAUUGAUUUGUCUUCAAGAACAUGUCCCAUGUGAAUAUUCACAUGGCCAGCCAUGGGGCUAUCCCACUGAAGCAGAUUGAUUUGUAUACAAGAACAUGUCCAGCCUGAACAAAGCUGCUGUUUAUGGGUUAGUGUAUCAGUUUAAAUUUUAUCCGUUUAUUGCAAAGAUAAUCAAUCAAUCUUUUUUCUAUAACACGGAAGGAGGUUGUC